AUGGCUUCAAGACCCGAGCUCAAGGUCGAUGACGAGACCGGUUUCAUUCGUUCAUUCCGUUCUCUCCCACCCAAACCGGGCGGAAGCAACACCAUCCGUGUCAUUGACCGAGUCGACUGGUAUUCAGCGCACGGAGAAGAUGCAGAAUUCAUUGCGCGAACCGUCUACAAGACGACUGCUGUCAUUAGGAACCUCGGGCGAAGCGAAAACGCUUUGCCCAGCGUCACUAUGUCUACCACCGUUUUCCGCAACCUCCUUCGAGAAGCACUGUUCAAGUUAGGGAAAAGAGUGGAGAUCUGGGAGGUCAGCGGGAAAGGACCAUGGAAACUCAUCCGCCAAGCGAGCCCCGGCAAUUUGCAGGCAGUCGAAGAAGAGCUGGGCUCUGGCAUGGACAGCCAAGGCGAUAGUGCACCUAUCAUCCUAGCGGUCAAGGUGAAUGCGAAAGCGGGCGAGGCAAGAAGUGUCGGUGUUUGCUUUGCAGAUGCUAGUGUCAGAGAACUUGGUGUCAGCGAGUUCCUGGACAACGACCUCUAUUCCAACCUUGAAAGCCUGCUUAUUCAAUUAGGGGUGAAAGAGUGCAUUGUGGCAGGCAGCCUCCAGAAAAAGGAUCCCGAAUUAGCCAAGAUACAACAGAUUGCCGAUUCGUGUGGGAUCGCCAUUUCUGAAAGAUCUGCUGCCGACUGGGGAACUAAGGACAUUGAACAAGAUCUGGCCAGGCUGCUCAAGGGUGAAAACGCAAUGGGGCUCCUGCCUCAGACGGACCUCAAAUUAGCAAUGGGUAGUGCAGCUGCCCUAAUCAAGUAUUUGGGCGUCAUGACAGAUCCUAGCAAUUUUGGACAAUAUCGGCUAUACCAACACGACCUUGGUCAGUACAUGAAACUGGACGCAGCCGCACUCAGGGCUCUGAACCUCAUGCCUGGCCCACGAGACGGCGCAAAGAGUAUGAGUUUGUUUGGUCUGCUCAACCACUGCAAAACUCCGAUUGGAGGGCGUCUCCUCGCACAGUGGCUGAAACAACCACUGAUGAAUCUUUCGGAAAUUGAGAAGAGGCAGCAGCUCGUGGAAGCUUUCGUUACCGAUACUGAACUUCGUCAAACCAUGCAAGAAGAACAUCUUCGCUCGAUUCCCGAUCUUUACCGCCUGGCGAAGAAAUUUCAGCGCAAGGCUGCAAACUUGGAAGAUGUGGUUCGUGCAUAUCAGGUUGUUAUCCGGCUUCCAGGUUUCGUUGAAGCUUUGGAAACUGUGGUUGACGAGCAGUACCAAAUACCAUUGGAAGCACAGUAUACCUCAAAGCUGAAAGAAUUGUCUAGCUUUCUUGGAAAAUUGGCUGAAAUGGUUGAGACUACCGUGGACCUGGAUGCUCUGGACCGCCAUGAAUUCAUCAUCAAACCGGAAUUCGAUGAGGGGCUCAAAUUAAUUCGUGCCAACCUUGACAAAAUACAGCGCUCCAUGGAUGUCGAGCAUCGUCGAGUUGGCAAGGACCUUGGUCAAGAGCUCGACAAGAAGCUCUUCCUGGAGAAUCACAGAGUGCAUGGACAUUGUUUCAGGCUAACCCGCAAUGAGGCGGGUUGCAUACGAAACAAGAAGGAUUACAAGGAAAUAUCCACGCAAAAGAAUGGCGUUUACUUCACGACGAAUGCACUGGCGGAGUUGAGGAGAGAGCACGAUCAGCUCUCAGGCUCUUAUAAUCGAAAACAGUCGUCCCUAGUGUCAGAGGUUGUCCAAGUAGCCUCGUCAUACACCCCCGUUAUUGAACAGCUUGCCGCCAUCAUCGCUCACCUAGACGUGGUAGUCAGCCUGGCACAUGCCUCUGUCCAUGCUCCGACAGCGUACGUCCGCCCGAAGAUGCAUGGGCGAGGCACUGGAGAUACCAUCUUGAAAGAAGCGCGUCACCCUUGCAUGGAAGCUCAGGACGACAUCAAUUUCAUCACCAAUGAUGUUGAAUUGAGACGAGACAGCUCUCGGUUCCUCAUCAUUACAGGUCCCAACAUGGGUGGCAAGUCUACAUACAUUCGUACAAUCGGUUGCAUUGCUCUAAUGGCGCAGAUUGGCUGUUUCGUACCCUGCACAGAAGCCGAGUUGACAGUCUUCGAUUGUAUCCUCGCCCGUGUGGGAGCAUCAGAUUCUCAGCUCAAAGGCGUGUCAACGUUCAUGGCGGAAAUGCUGGAAACAGCAAAUAUUCUGAAAAGCGCCACCAGAGACUCGCUGAUCAUUAUUGACGAGCUCGGUCGAGGUACGAGCACGUACGACGGCUUCGGCCUUGCAUGGGCCAUCAGCGAAGAAAUCGUGGGGCAGAUUGGUGCCUUUGGCUGUUUUGCCACUCAUUUCCACGAAUUGACGGCUCUGGCGGACAAGUUUCCGAACGCAGUCAGGAACCUUCAUGUGGUUGCCUUUGUGGGCGAUCAGGAACAGGACACUGCGAUGACAAACGGCGAAAGGGACGCCAGUGCUUCGAAUAAAAGAAGGGAGGUCACCUUGUUGUACCGCGUUGAACCUGGCAUAAGCGAUCAGAGCUUUGGCAUUCAUGUUGCCGAGCUUGUAAGGUUCCCGGAGAAGGUGAUCAGCAUGGCGAGGAGAAAGGCGGAGGAGUUGGAAGACUUCACGAGUGCAACCGGCGAACAGAAGGAGAGUGAGUAUUCCAAGGAAGACGCAGAGGAAGCCAGCCAACUGCUGAAAGCCAUGCUGAAGAAUUGGAAAGAGCAGAUUGAAGGAAGGGACAUGAGUAAGGAUGAGAAGCUACGGCUGAUGAGAGAAAUGGUCAAGGGUGACGAGAAGUUGAUGAGGAAUCCGUUUUUCCAAUCUGUACAAACACUGUGA